GCAUGCUUUUCACGUUGGGUAGGGGUAGAGUUCUUCUUCGCCUCUGUCGGAUCGGAAGGCACGACAGUUCGCCGUUCUUCCUGUUGGAUCGGAAGUAGCGACGGCCAGCCAUCUUUCUCCCUUUUCGCGCUGCUUCGGCCGAAACCCAUAAAUCCGCCGAACUCAUAAAUCUGGAUUUGCGGAAAAAAGAGGAGGCAGAGUAUUUAUUUCGAAGUGAGAUCUAAUAUGUUCUCAAAUACCGUAGCAUAAAUUUUGCUCAAAGACUGCAUAAAUCCUGUAUCCAAACAGUCCUUCUUAUUGCCGAAAUGGGAGAAUCUCCUGUGCUCAUUAUACCUGACGUUCUAUUCCGGAUCCUCUGGGCUCUAACCUUAUUGAGUUUUCCCCACAAAAUCGCCGGAAUUCGGAAGGACGUAGGCCUGCCUCAAAAACUUGUAUGCCGGAAUACUGUACAAGGGCGUCAUUUACUGGCAGAUGAUAAUGGUUAUGUUUGUACUGCUCUUUCAGUUUACCCAUGGACUUGUUGCUGUCCAGAAACAGCAGAAAGGUUUUCCUGCCAGUGAGAUUUUUCUUGCA